AGUGGGAAGGGGAUUAUCUUUCAUGCUGGAGCUGCUGGAACUGUAGUACUCCAAGGGUUUCCUGUCCUCCUACAACUCUCAACUGUUCUACCACAACUACAUUCCCAACAGUUCUCCCCAAUCAGUCACACCUAAUUCGUAGAUCGUCUUGCCAUUGUCCAAACUUGUCUAUUUUCCUUGCACACUUUCGUAACAAAGGUCGCGCCAUGCUCUUCCCCUUUUCGGCUCAAAACGCGGCCCACAGCAGGUCCGCAGAUCAUCCUGCACUGCGGUGUGGGUUCAGCUUUGCCAACUGCAGACGGAACGCCAAGCUGCUGGGCCAGGGAUACGAGCCGCCAAAGGCGGUGCGCACGGGCACCUCCAUCGUGGGCGUCAUCUACAGGGACGGGGUCAUCCUGGGCGCCGACACCCGCGCCACCGAGGGGCCCAUUGUCUCGGACAAGAACUGCUCCAAGAUCCACCACCUGCAGGCGCACAUAUAAGAGCCUCUUCGCGGCGCAGCUGCUGUGGCGCCGGAACCGCCGCCGACACCGAGAUGAUGACCUCGAUGACCUCCGCCGAGCUGGACCUGCACCAGCUGAACACGGGCAGGCAGGUGCCGGUGGUCUGCGCCAGCAUGCUGCUCCGCAGGACCCUGUUCCGCUACCAGGGCCACAUCGGGGCCGCCCUGGUGAUGGGCGGCGUGGACAGGGCGGGGCCGCAGAUCUACUGCAUCUACCCGUGCGGCUCGAACGACAAGCUGCCCUACGCGGCCAUGGGCUCCGGCACCCUGGCGGCGAUGUCGGUGCUGGAGCGCGGCUGGGGCCCCGACCUGGACCAGGAGCAGGCCAAGACCCUGGUGCGGGCGGCCAUCACGGCGGGCGUCUUCAACGACCUGGGCUCCGGGUCGAACAUCGACCUCUGCGUGGUCACCGGGAAGGGGGCCGAGUACCUGAGGACGGACACGAUUGCCAGCGAGAAGGGCGAGCGGCUGGGGAUGUACGGCAUCAGGCCCAACUCCACGCUGGUGACCUCCACCUCCGUGCUGAGUCUCCAGGUGACCCACGAGCUGGUCACCUCGGUGGGGCAGCUCUCCCAGCAGCCGUCGGAGGCGUCGUCCGGCCAACGGCCAGUGACCAGUGGCCUUCAGGCGGCGAGCGGGGAGCCCACGGACUCCGAGCAGGAGGGCGCGCCCGGGGGAUCCCAAGGGAAGUCACCCUAGGUAGCCUAGUCACCGCCUCCAGUAAAUUGACAGUUUCCAGCACCACCUUGACCACAGUUGUAAAAUUCAGCGAUUUCUCCGGGAGUCCUUCGCAAUGUUGUAAAACUCUGCUGAGCAAAUAAAAGCUAGUUAAUUAAACAGAAAA